UCUGUCACUGUCAUUUGAGGUUUUGAGUUGAGUGAACUGUGAAGCCGAAUGAACGUAUCAUUUGUAUUUGUAGUUUACUAAUUAAAUAGAAAAAAUAUAAUUGGGAACCAGAAUUUUCAUGCAAAAACUGCAUGCAACCAUGCCUGGAAUUGAAGCUGCUUCAAGUGAUGAAGAUUAUAUUAUUACAAAAGCCAAAGAAGCUCAGAAGCAUAACAUACAUUCGGCAAAAGCAUGGAUGCUUACAGCAAAAACACUAUUUCCCACAAAUUUCAAAAUACAGUUUGAGGCUUAUCUGAUGGAAAAACAAUCUGGUAACUUACAGGAAGCAGCAGAGUGUUUCACUUCUUUGAUGUUGUCACGUCAAAAUCUCCCAGAACUUUUAACAGAAAUAUCAGCCAUCGCUAACGCUCUUAAAACGGCAGAAUCUAGUUUUUUGAGUCAAAUGUUUGAUAAAAUAUGUCCCGAUAUACAACUAACAAUAUUAAAGACUAGUGUAGAGAACAGUGAUGACACCAUGGAGCACUGUCGGCUGUUGGUUUUAUUAUUGAAAAAGUUUCCCCAACUUGGAGUUGACAGUCUGGUAAAAACAUUAAUCAAUGCAGACAAAUUCUUCAGUGACAAUAGGUAUGCCAGGCUGCUGGUUGUGGAAACUCUGCCCCUUCUAAGCUCUUUAGAAUCGCCCAGAUUGUUACAGCGGUUACUGAUCAAAGCUAUUGAUUUUUACAACUCUUAUGUCUAUGAUGAAACAGAACAUGAUAUAUCAGACCCCUGGCUAAGACUCUAUGGUGUAUUAGAUUUACUUGGAAGGCAACUUGGCUGGGAUCCUUAUCUGAUAAAUUACAAUAAUAGCUUAAAUAAAGAAGCCUAUUUUCAAAAGCUACUAACAUUAAGAAAUUGUGAUGAUUGUCGUCAAUUGCUGUAUUGUGGAACCACUUUCUUCUUGAGAUCACUUUAUGAACAAAAGUCACAAAAAGGAAAUCAUAUUCUUAUAGAAGCUCUUGCAGAUCCAGACAUAACACCAUUGAAGCGAAGGAAAUCUGAAAUAGAAGUUACUGGAGUUUCAUCACAUCAGUUCCAAGCUGCAGCUAAUUGUUGGGAGCUGCUGCACAGUAAUGAGGUGAUUUCCCGGGAAUUUAUGAAGCUAGCUAAUCAGUUGCAAGUAAAACCUUGGUCAGAUGGAUUUUCUGAAGAAUUGGCACUUUUUCAAGGAAGAUAUGAUGAAACAGUUCAGACAGUUCAAGGGAACAAUCUUGCUGCUAACAUAAUGAGAGUAUCUUUUAACUUCUUCCAUAAAAAGUAUGCAGCAUGUGUGGAAAGCAUACUGGCAGCCCUGCCACAGCUGCCAUCAGUUGAGGGUGCCUUGGAGACAGAGCUCAUUGUUGGUGGCACUCACAGACAUCUACACUUUUUGCCACUUACUAAAGUAGCCAUUAUGCAUUACUUCUGUACCUUGCUUAUAAGAAUUCUGCUCAGCACAGGAAACAGUUCAGAUUUAACCUAUGGCCACAUGUUAGUAUUGAUGCAAUUUGGAUGGCCCCAGGAAGAAGCCAUUUUUAUGAACAUUUUGGAUAUUAUAAAACGAAAGGGUGUAUUUCACUAUCAUUUAUUCUCAGCAUAUAUUAUACAUAUAGACAUACUGGAGGAGCUGAGUUUUAUGUGGAAUGAUCAGAAUAACAGUGUAGCAUUAGAUAUUUUACCAAAUUCACAACAGCAUCUAGGACAGAGAAGGAUUGGAACUAGGGGUGCAGAUAAGGGAGUAAAGGAAGAUUUUAAGCAGGCCAUGAAAGCCCAAGUUGCUAGAAGUAAUGAGUCCAUCUUAAACUUGAUGAUACAGUUUAUAACAUCAGAACGGUCCUACCUACUUCAAAUUUUAUGAUUUUACUUUACAUAGAAAAAAGGUUUUUUAUUGUAAAAAGGUGUGCUUUUAUUAUAAUAUAUAAUUAAAAAUAAUUAAUUUUAACAGA